AGUAGUUGGCCAAGUUUUAUAAUGACUCAUGUGAAUGUAUGUCAUAAACCACCUAUAUAGAUUCAUAUAUACAAUCUUGAUGUUGCAGUGUGACCUGUAAAAUGAAAAUAAUUAUCUCUACAAACAUGCAUUUCCACCUAUGCUGCCUUUUUCGCAUAAAUGAGUCAAUAGAAUAAUCAUUGUUUCUUUCAAAACAAUUAACAAGUUUCUCGUCUGUUUUUCCUCUACCUUUCUCUCUCUUCUUCUACUACUUCUCUACUGUCUCUCCCUAUUUCUUCCAUCCAGCCUGUGAGCUGAUGAACCGUGGUAUCUUGGCCCUGGUCAGUUCAAUAGGCUGCAUGUCGGCAGGCAGCCUUCAGACCUUGGCUGAUGCCAUGCACAUCCCCCACCUCUUCAUCCAGCGCUCCACAGCAGGAACACCCCGCUCUGCAUGCCCACCCACCAGUCGCAUCCCGGGAUCAGAUGACUACACUCUAAUGGUGCGCCCCCCUGUCUAUCUUAAUGAGAUCAUCAUGCAAGUGGUUUCUGAGUACAGCUGGCAGAAGUUCAUCCUCUUCUACGACUCUGAUUUUGAUAUCCGUGGUAUUGAGGAUUUCCUGGACUGGACUUCUCAGCAGGGAAUGGACCUAUCCCUGCAGAAGGUGGAAUCCAACAUCAACAUGAUGAUCACAAGUCUGUUCAGAACCAUGAGAGUGGAAGAGCUGCAUCGAUAUAGAGACACGCUACGCAGAGCAGUGCUGUUCAUGAGCCCAGCAACUGCCAAGGCUUUCAUCACUGAGGUGGUGGAAACCAACCUGGUGGCUUUUGAUUGUCACUGGAUCCUGAUUAAUGAGGAGAUCUCAGACUACGACUUGCAGGAGCUGGUUAUGAAGUCAAUCGGUCGGCUGACUCUGGUGCGGCAGACAUUCCCUAUGCCUCAGAACACAACUCAGCGCUGUGUCAAACCCAACCACAGGAUCAACACUUCAGUCUGUGACCCUAAGAACCCCAGGGCUCAGCAGCUCGAGAUCAGCAACCGCUACAUCUAUGACACAGUUUUGCUGCUGGCCAAUACUUUCCACAGAAAGUUGGAGGACAGGAAGUGGCACAGCAUGGCCAGUCUCAACUGCAUCAGAAAGAACUCCAAGCCGUGGCAAGGAGGGAAGAGUAUGCUGGACACAGUUAAGAAGUUUGGUGUCAGUGGCCUGACAAGUUUCUUGGAGUUCACAGACAAUGGCACCAACCCCAACAUCUUCUUCGAAAUCCUUGGAACGAAUUACGGAGAAGACAGAGGAAGAGGAGUCAGUAGGCUCGCCCUGUGGGAUCCAGUUCACGGCUUGAAUGGCACAUUGACCGACAAGAAACUGGAGAACAAUAUGAAGGGUGUGGUGCUUCGUAUUGUGACUCUCUUGGAGGAGCCAUUUGUAAUGGUGUCAGAAAAUGUUCUGGGGAAACCAAAGAAGUACCAGGGCUUCUCCAUCGACGUGUUGGACGCCUUGGCCAACUACCUGGGCUUUAAGUAUGAAAUCUAUGUCACUCCGGACCACAAAUAUGGAAGCCUGCAGCCUGAUGGUCAGUGGAACGGAAUGAUCGGAGAACUGGUCUUCAAGCGAGCAGAUGUUGGACUUUCUGCCCUGACCAUCACACCUGAGCGGGAAAGUGUGGUGGACUUCACCACGCGUUACAUGGAUUACUCUGUGGGUGUUUUGCUGCGAAAGGCUGAGCGCACCGUGGACAUGUUCGCUUGCCUGGCACCUUUCGAUCUGUCACUGUGGGCGUGCAUCGCCGGCACCGUGCUUCUCAUCGGCAUUCUGGUUUACCUGCUCAACUGGCUCAACCCUCCCCGGUUACCCAUGGGCUCAGUGUCCCCCACAACACUGUACAACUCCAUGUGGUUUGUCUACGGCUCCUUUGUACAACAAGGUGGCGAGGUGCCCUAUACAACUCUGGCUACAAGGAUGAUGAUGGGUGUUUGGUGGAUGUUUGCUCUGAUCGUCAUCUCAUCGUACACAGCAAACCUUGCAGCAUUCCUCACCAUCACACGUAUAGAGAACUCCAUACAGUCUCUACAGGACUUGUCCAGACAGACAGAGUUGCCUUAUGGUACAGUAUACGACUCUGCAGUUUAUGAUCAAGUCCAUGCCAAGGCUCUGAACCCCUUUGAGAGAGACCCGAUGUACGCCCAGAUGUGGCGAAUGAUUAACCACACAGGAGGAGUGGACAAUAACGUUGAGGAGUCCAGAGAAGGUAUUCUGAAGGUGAAGUUUGGGCGGUUUGGUUUUGUCUGGGAUGCAGCCGUGCUGGACUAUGUGGCUAAUAAUGACGAGGACUGUGCCUUCUACACAGUUAGUAGCAACUCACCAGACCGCGGAUAUGGUAUUGCCAUGCAACACGGCAGCCCCUACAGGGACAUUUUCUCCCAGAGAAUCUUGGAGCUCCAGCAGAAUGGGGAAAUGGAGAUAAUGAAGCUCAAGUGGUGGCCUAAGGACAGUCAUUGUAACCUCUAUAGCUCACUCCAAACACGGCAGCACGGCAACGCCCUGGACAUCCACAGCUUCGCUGGCGUUUUCUGCGUCCUGGCCGCGGGCGUCGUCCUCUCUUGCCUUAUUGCAGUGGUGGAAAGCUGGUGGUCACGAAGGAAGGGAUCCAGGGUCCCAUCCAAGGAGACACAGGCAGAUAGUACAGCUGUCAGACAAGCAUCAGAUCCUAGCCCUCACGGCCGCAACGAGCACUCUCUCGUCGUGGGGAGUCAAUCCCAGAAUCACGGGACAAAUGCCACGACCCCCAAUACCACCCGUUACCAGACCCCAGCAUGCUGCGACAUUCCCUGUGCCCUUAUUGUGCAGCACUCCUACGACUCCACCAGCCCCCCUAAGCUGACCCCCAAAAUGAGAAUGACCACCUUUGCCACCUCACCUCCCACCCCAAGGUUAUACAUACAAUAGAAGAUAAAACUAAAUCAUUGGUUAGUAAUGCACUUGGACAAAGGUGUUUUUGCUUUGUUAUUGUAUGGAAGUGAUGAUGGAAUCGGAGGGAUGACGUCAGACAAAAGAGAGUUCAGCCUCUGAUGCUCAGAGUUUAGUAAGAUUCUCAGCAGGAGAGUAAUUUAACUUUUUUUUUUAUCUGCUAACAAACCUGGUCCGGUGCCUAUUGAAUUUGUGCGAAGUGACGCUUGUUGACCACAGGAGGGCACUGGUUCUCUACCUACAAGACGUUGGAGCGUCAUCUUUGACCCCCCAAAAAAUAAUUUUUUAAAGUUUGUAUGCAGAAAGAAAACAUUUGUAAUUUAGCAUUUUCUAAAUGAAGUAAAGUUUAUAUAAUACAUAUCUUUUAUUAUUAUUUAUUAACCUUAACUAGGAAUAUCCUUUUGAAGAGAACUGGCCAAAAGAGGCACAGCAAAUAAACUAUGCAGUCAAGUUUAACAGUUAAAUAUGAAAUUAAGUAAUAUAUAGGGAUAUUAGGAAAACAAGCACUAGCAGUGGAAUGUGCUUCAUGUACUUACAUUUUUGUAUAUAAAAGUGCACCAUGAAAUACAAUUCUGUAAAUUUACAUUCAUUCUGUAGCAAAUUCCAGUAGACAAGAGCCUUUGUAAAUGAGGCCAAGAACAACAUGGUACGAAUAUGAUUUAAUUCUCCAGGAUAAUGCUGCAGCAGUACACACCUAAUUGAUGAUGUACUGUAUGCAGUAAAACAUUCAAGGCUCCUUCAUGUUUUCUGAAUAGAUAAAUCAGUGUUUGAUAUUAAUGUUUGCUUUUUCUCUGUGUUUUUAACCAUUGCAAAAGCAGGCAGAUUGCACUACAAUUGUAACCAAAAUAAUCUACUCCAAAUGAUUUCUGCUUAAGUUCAAAUUUACUCCUCUUGCCUGCAGUUCAUUAAUAUCAACUUCACCAGAUCAAUAUCUCUCUCCUUGAAGCAUGUGUUUAUUCGAGUGGGUGUCAUAACAAAUGCCAGGGUUCCCUCAUAUCCCCUUAGUUUCAUGGACCCUUCCUUGUAUGAAAGCCAGGGGUCACCCUACGUGUCUCAUCUCUGCUAAGUACAAAAUUACAGCGCCCUCCAGGGAAACGUCAGUGAAUUUGUUUCUAUUGGAUUUGUGUGCUCACCCAUCCCUGCAUGCUUUUUCCUCAAAAUAACGCUGCUUAUCCUUGUUAAUCUGAGUCAAUAAGUGAGACCCCUUUGUGACCCCCGCAGUACCCACCUCUUAGAAAACUCUUUCUUGACAGAAACAUGAGGAGAAGCCAAUUGUCACAUUUGUGGAUAAUGUAAAUACUCAAAAGGUUCUUGAUCCUUCUGUUUUGUUGGUAUACCUUUACCUUUACCUCUUUACCUUCUGUUCACCUGAGCCUUCCCUCUAAAUAUGUACCCUCAUCCCAUUUAUAAACUGAAGACCACUGCACCAGCGUUCACCCUCUCUUUACACUCUAAUCAUGACAACACCGUGUCCACUCAGUGUCUGAAAUCGGUUGAUCGUAUAACUAUGCUCGUGUGGGCUUUGUAAUUCAUAUAAUAGUUUUAUUUAUCUUAAAGAUUAAGAUAAAAUAGAGUUUAAGCAAAUGGAAAUGUGUAUUUCUGGUAGUUCUAGGUUUCAUUUAUCAUAAAGGCUAAGCUAAGUUUAGUUGAUUCUGUUAAGAUUAUCUAAGUUUCUAUCCUUUGUUUGACUGUCGUUAAAUCAUCACCUACACCAAGCUCAAUCAAAUAUGGAUGAAAAAAAACUUUGCUUAAUAAAGAGCUUUCGCUCUUAAUGUGAUUUUUUUCCCCUGGUGGGCAUUAAGCAGGGGGAGGACUCACAGGAAGGCAUGACUUACAGACUUAAGGUGCUGUUAUUACAACUGUUUAUAAUGAUAAUAUAAUAAUAUAUUAGCCAGCAGGGCACACACACAUCAUCAUGAUGGUGGUGUUUUUCUGUGUUGUUCCAGAUCAUCUGCGCUCCCUUUUCAGUCCAGGUUUUAGUGUCUUUAUGUCUUAUCUCUUUUACUAUCCUGACGACCACUACUCAGAGUGUGCUUCUCUAUCCUUCCCUCCUCUUCUGUUGUACCCUCCCUGCACUUCCUGUCACGACCAUGCUAUCCUCACGUUUCCUCACGGUCACCUUCCUGUGACUUUCAUUUGUGCUACAAUUAUACAAAUACUACCAAAAACUAUGCAUGGUCACAUUGUCUGUCUUGUGACAUCCUCACUGUUAUGUUUUUAACUCCCUACUUUUCACCAUGAUUCUUAUGAUCCAUUUGUAUUGGCUGAAUGGAUGACAUCACUACUGCCUGAACACAAAUCCACUUCAUUCUUGUUCACUUUUUUCUAAGUAUACUCUGCGUAUAUAUUUUCUUCUGUUUCCUUUUCUGCUCUUUUUGUUUCUUUCUUGCUCUACUACACCUCAUCGCUCUCCCUGCUUUGUCUUAUUUUCUCCCUUUAAUUUUAAAUUUAUUCUUGUCGUCUCCAUCAUCUACCUGGGUCUCUCUGGAAAUUCUUUUUCCAUCCUAUACAUUUUUCCUUACUGAUAUCUGCCUUUCCAUCUUUCCAAAUUCCUCCCUUUACCAUUAACCUCUCCUUCCUCCCAUCAUUUGCCAUCAAUGCUUCUAUCAUACCCUUCCCCACCUGCAGGACGAUAAGGAGAUCGACUUGGAGCACCUACACCGCAGGGUUAACAGCUUGUGCACCGAGGAUGAAAGCCCCCACAAGCAGUUCUCCACCUCUUCCGUCGAUUUAACCCCCCUGGAGAUGGAUGCACUCCCUGC